AUGACCUGUGAGUGCUAUCGUCAAUACACGGUCGGUGAACUAGAACGACAACAAAUUUCAAUCAAAUCUGGUGCAUUUGGAGCGUUAUGUCGCGUGAAUUCUCAAUUCUCAACAAAUAAGCUCUCACGACAUAUGGAAACAGCCAACGGUACGUUCACUUCUCAAGACAGGGAUGCUGCAGAAGCACCCGGUCAAAAUCGAGUUUAG